AUAAAGCUGAACCUCCCACUGGGAAUGUCUCAGAAAUGGGUCUCAGGCUGUUGCUGUUGCUUCUGCUGGGCACUUUCACAGUGGUCUUCAUGGAUGAAGAUAUCCAUGGCCCCAAAUCAAAAUGGCUUCGAUUUUGCCAUGAUUGUGAUUUCUAUGAUGGAUUCAAAUGCCGUGGUCCCAAGAAACGUUGCUGGAAGUUUAAUUUAUCCCUCAAAUCCAAUAAGAGUUGCACCACAGAUCACUAUUACUACAAUGAUCCAAUUACAGGGAGAUAUCUGUACCGAUAUACAAAACUGUCUUGUAAUCCUUGUGAAGAGGGAAUGUUCCAAGUAUACCAUGACUUACUGAGAGAAACAUUUUGCUGCACUGAUAAACAUAUGUGUAAUACUGGACAUGAUAUUUUGGAAAAGUCAGCGCUUUUUGGAGAAGAUAAAGAACACACUAUCCAUGAUGAUGUCCUACCAUAACCUUAAACGAUCCUCCCAGUAAUUUUUGCCCUUCCCCUACACAAUGGCAACAUCAUCUCACAGUAUCUCAAAACCAGACCCUACUCUCUACUCUUUUCCAGCAGAUCUACCCAUCGAAGCUCUGUACGUCCUGUGUCAGUGUUUUUCCAUUAAGAGGAAAAUAAGAACACCCACGUCUGCCUUCUG